GUGCCUACCUUCACACAUAAACGGCAGGGCACUCAGGUCUGCCAGAGCACGCAGACCUACACACACACACACACACACCUUUCACACACUUCACACACAUACCCUCCCUCUUCAAGGCACCCUGUGCGACCCCUCACCAUUGGCCAAGUCCCGGAGCCCUCAGCAUCUCCAUCACGGCAGACGGGACCAUUCGGGAAAGCAGGAGACAGAGGUGGACGAUGAGGAUGCUCGUGCGGCUCAUGUUGGGACUCCUGGUCCUCAAAGCAGUGGUGGCCAGCCCCAGAUUUUCCCGACAAGUGGACCUGGACUCGUACGACGGCGCCAACUACGAUGUGGAUCUAGACAACUUAAAUGUGGAGAACCAGGAUAUCUACGACUAUGAAGAUGGGCUGACAAUUGAUGAUCCUCAGAUAGAGAUUGGAACACUGGCCCCACCUGAUUAUAGUUACCCUGUACCCGAGGCCUCGUUGGAGGAACAAGAGGAGGAGGAGGAGGAGGAGGAGUUGCCCCUAGAACACAAGCUCGUCCCUCAGGGUUCAGGGGGAUCUGGGGUUCUCAUGGGCCCAGACACACAAAAAGAGGUGGAGCUGCGUCUGAUGCCCAUCGACAUUCUUCAUGUAUCCGGGGAUUUUGGGGGUUCCAUAGGGUCUGGGGCCUCGAGAGCUUCUGGGGCUUCUGGGUUUGGAGGGUCUGGAGGCUCAGUAGAUCUCCUGGUCUCUGGGGUCUCCGGGUACUCGGGGGGUUCUGGGGAUUCUAGUGACAUUAUCCUCAUCUCUGGAGCCUCUGAGGAGGUCUUCAGCUCUGGGGGAUCUGGAGAGUUCUUGUUGUCUGGGGAUGUCUUGAUAUCUGGGGAUCUCUGGGGAUCUGGAGGUGUCUCAGGAUCUGGGGAUACCCUGGGAUCCACAAGUUCAGGAGCCUCUGGGGACAUUAGUUCUGGAGGUGCUGAGGUUUCCAUUGAACUCCCCCUGGGCUCUGGAGAGUCUGGGGACCAGUCUGGUUCUGGGUUCUCUGGAGAUCUCUUGAUCUCAGGGGCCUCCGGAAGCUCUGGGGUCUCUGGGGCCUCUGGUGAGUCUGGGGACUCUGGCAUAACUUUGUUAUCUGGAGAGGAGGAGCUGCCCCUCAUUCCCGACACAAUCCCUCAGGAGGCAUCGGGUGCUUCUGGGGAUUUCUCAGGAGGAAUCUCAGGGGCCUCAGGUGAUACUGGAGUCUCUGGAGAUGUAGAUGUCUCCGGAGCCUCGGGUACUUCUGGUAUCUCAGGCUCAGCAGACGCCCAGUUACCUGAUGUAAUUCUGGUCCCUGACAUUGAUAAAGAGGAGGGGCUGAUUCCGACUACACCAGAAACCCCUCAGGAGGGUACUGGCAGUGUAGAAGGGUCAGUGAGCUCUGAAUUGCCCGAACCCGAUGAACCCGAUGAGCCUGAUGAGCCUGUGGUUGACAGAUCAGGUAUGCCCACUUGCUUGCUGUGCACGUGCCUUGGUGGUUCAGUCUACUGCGACGACUUGAAGCUGGAUAGUGUUCCACCUCUCCCCAAAGACACCACUCACUUCUAUGCGCGUUACAACAGAAUAACCAAGAUCAACAAGUCCGACUUCGCCUCCAUGAACAAGCUGAAGAGAAUCGACUUAACUGCCAACGAGAUAACACGCAUCGACGACGGAGCAUUUUUGGGUCUGCCCGAGCUGGGGGAGCUGGUGCUCCGAGAAAACCACAUCUCACAGUUGCCCGCCCUCCCAGGGACCAUGAGCCUGAUUGACGCCAGCCACAACAACAUCGGCACCAAGGGCAUUCACGGAGAGGCGUUCAAAGACAUGUCGAGCCUGCAGUACCUCUACCUGACAGACAACCACAUGGACUACAUCCCCGUGCCUCUACCAGAGAGCCUGCGAUCCCUACACCUACAGCGGAACAAUAUUCAAAUGAUGCACGAGGACACGUUCUGCAACCUGAAAGACUUCAACUACAUCAGGAACGCACUGGAGGACAUCCGUCUGGACGGAAACCCCAUCAACCUCAGCAGGACCCCGCAGGCUUACAUCUGCCUGCCCCGUAUACCCAUCGGGAAUCUCAUUUAACCACAACGCGGACACACACUCUUACACAUUCUUGCACGAAUGCAACCACAUGCACACAUUUCCUUGUACAUAUUGGCACAAGAGACCACACACACACACACACACACACACACACACACACA